AUGGCUACUCUCACCCCCGAAUACGCUCUCUCCGCCUCCCACAAGGAGAUGCUUGAGAAGUCUCUUCUCGAGUCUGAUCCCGAGGUCGCCGCCAUCAUGAAAGAUGAGGUCCAGCGCCAGCGCGAGUCCAUUGUCCUGAUUGCCUCCGAGAACAUCACUUCUCGCGCCGUCUUCGAUGCCCUCGGCUCUCCCAUGAGCAACAAGUACUCCGAGGGUCUCCCCGGCGCCCGCUACUAUGGUGGCAACCAGCACAUCGACAGAAUCGAGCUUCUCUGCCAGAAGCGUGCCCUCGAGGCCUUCCACCUCGACAGCGACAAGUGGGGUGUCAAUGUCCAGUGCCUCAGUGGUUCUCCCGCCAACCUCCAGGUCUAUCAGGCCAUCAUGGCUCCCGGUGGCCGUCUCAUGGGCCUUGACCUCCCCCACGGUGGUCACUUGUCCCAUGGUUACCAGACCCCUCAGCGCAAGAUCUCUGCCGUCUCUACAUACUUCGAGACUAUGCCUUACCGCGUCGACGAGGAGACUGGCAUCAUUGACUACGACACCCUCCAGAAGAAUGCCAUCCUUUACCGCCCCAAGGUUCUCGUUGCCGGUACCUCUGCGUACUGCCGUCUUAUCGACUACGAACGCAUGCGCCAGAUUGCCGACUCCGUCGGUGCCUACCUCAUGGUCGACAUGGCUCACAUCUCUGGUCUUAUUGCCGCCGAGGUCAUCCCCACUCCUUUCAAGUACGCCGACAUUGUCACCACCACCACUCACAAGUCCCUCCGCGGUCCCCGCGGUGCCAUGAUCUUCUUCCGCAAGGGUGUUCGCUCCGUCAACCCCAAGACCGGUAAGGAGACCCUCUACGAGCUCGAGGAUGCCAUCAACUUCUCCGUCUUCCCCGGCCACCAGGGUGGUCCCCACAACCACACCAUCACCGCUCUGUCUGUCGCCCUGAAGCAGGCCCAGACCCCCGAAUUCAAGGCCUACCAGGAGAAGGUCGUCACCAACGCCAAGACCCUCGAGAACACCUUCAAGGCGCUUGGCCACAAGCUCGUUGCCGACGGCACCGACAGCCACAUGAUUCUCGUUGAUCUCCGCGAGCACAAGCUGGAUGGCGCCCGUCUCGAGACGGUCCUCGAGCUGAUCAACAUUGCUUGCAACAAGAACGCCAUCCCCGGUGACAAGAGCGCCCUCACCCCCUACGGUAUCCGUAUCGGUACCCCCGCUAUGACCUCGCGUGGCUUUGGCGAGAAGGAGUUCGAGCGCGUUGCCAAGUACAUUGAUGAGGCCAUCAAGAUCUGCAAGGAGACCCAGGCCGCCCUUCCCAAGGAGGCCAACAAGCUCAAGGACUUCAAGGCCAAGGUCAACAGUGGCGAGGUUUCUCGCAUCAACGAGCUCCGCAAGGAGAUUGCUGAGUGGUCCUGCACCUUCCCCCUCCCCGUAGAGGGCUGGCGCCUCGAGGCUGGUAUUUAA